AUGCCCGACACCCGGCCGCAAGAUGCCAUGGACAGACUGUCCGCAGGCUACGAGUACGACGACGACUAUCACCAACCUAUAUCCGAAAACACGGGAACAUGGUUUUUUGACGAUCCACGUGUCAAGCACUGGCGUGAUACAGACCAACCAAGCAUCCUCUGGUUGACCAGCAGUCCUGGACAGGGCAAGUCUACUCUUGCGAAAACACUAGCCACUCAAAGCCAUGAAUGGUGGGAAGAAGGAAGCUUGUCUUCUGAAAGAGAUACAACUACUUCCUAUUACUUCUUCCUCGAAGGCCAUGCACGGCGAAUGACUGCUGCAAGUGCAGUCUGCGGUCUACUACAUCAGCUUUUUGAGAAGACGCCAUAUUCUACCUUUAUCCAUCAGACCUGGGCUCGAUUACCCACUAAAAGGAGACUUAAGAAUUUGCUGAAAGAAUUCUCGGCAGAAUUUUAUAGGCCAUGGCUGGACUUUGACAAAGUAUGGCCUCAUUUCGUUCGAUGUGCGAGCGAUGAUCGAGCUGGGCAUUUCGUGUGUGUGCUCGAUGGCAUGGAUGAGUGUGAUUCAACGGAGAGGAGGCGACUGCUUCAAGCUUUGGGUCGUUUUUAUUCGGCAAUAUCGAACCGGCCGAGUCAAAGUCCACAAUCGGUUGUCAAAUUCUUUAUCACCAGUUGCCAACUAAAAGGUACCUUGAAGCAGGACUUUGAGGACCUUCGUGAUGCAGCUAGUGGUAAGCUGAUAACUUUGAUCGAUGCGGAUGAGCUACUCCAUCUGGUUCAUUUAGACAUGGAAUCCUUCAUUAACGACUUUCUUCAUGUCAUUCCAAGCGAAUAUCAGGAAAUUGUCCAGCAAAUUCUAACAGGCAAUGGACAAAAGACUUGGCUUUGGCUGCGGGCAGGGACUAGCCUGAUUCUCAACACACUCAAGGAAGAGAAAUAUUUGCCUCUAGAGUUUUCAAGAAUUGAUGCUCUGCUGAGUGACUUUCCGAUGGAUAUCCAUGGUGUUUACGAAAAAGCAUUGGACAUGACGAGCGCCAAAUGGGGCCCUUCAACCGUUAAGAAGAUGCUCCAUAUUCUCCUAGCUAUACAGCGGCGUCUAUCACACUCGGAGCUGUUUUUGGCCAUGGAGCUUGUCGACUCAGAUCCUACUGCGGCUAUAUCCAACCCAUAUCGACUCUGUUACUGGCAACUGGCAAAAAGGCACCCUGAACAAAAAGGCUUGGUCAUGGGACUUCUAGAUGAAGUUUUACUAAGAAACAGGUCAACUGUGAAUAUUAUCCAUAAAUCAGCCAGAGAGUUUCUUCUUCAGAAAGCUGAGAAUCAUCCUUCCACGCUUUGGGAAGGCAGUAUCGACAUAACCACUGGACAUGAAAUGCUCACCCGAGCAUGUCUUUCAUUCCUCUUCACCCUCAAAAUGAGAUCCUACGUCCAUUACAACGAACACAAAUACAAAAAACCAAAAUCACAAAGAAACAUGCGUCGCGAGGAACGCAAAUCCCCAUUCCUACGAUAUGCCGCGCAAUACUGGCCAACUCAUUACAACUACCAGUCCGAGUCUGCCGCGGAAACAAGUCUCGAUGCCGUCAGAGAACUUUGUACCGGGGAUGGCCCGGAGAGGAAUAACUGGAUGUAUCUGUAUAGCGGAUACGGAGGAUGGUGGUGGGGUGAUAUCGACACCGUUGCGCACUUCAGUAUUACCCCUUUGGUCAGAGAGGUCCUCGACAAGAUGCGAGAUACUGAAAAAGAAGAAUCCGGUGGCAGAAAUCCAGACAUCUGGCAUAAUUGGCUGUGGAGAGGUGUAUGCCCUUUAUCCAAAGCUGUUGCACGGGGAGAUAUCAAAGCCACGCGAAUACUCUUCGAUCACGGCUUUAUAUUGCGGAAAGGCUGCGAAUGCAAUCGGUCACUGAUAACGGCUGCUAGAAAUGGACACGCGGAGUUGGUUCGGCUGCUUUUGAACGAGGGAGCGGAUGUCGACGGCGAGGGAGAGUUCCACGGGACUGCUAUGGCAGAUGCGUGUUAUAACGGCCACGAAGAAGUGAUAAAGAUCCUCCUGGAUCGAGGUGCGAACGUCAAUAUUGGAUUGAGCAGUAUCCACCUUGCAUCGAGGAAUUCACUUGAAGCUGCAGCGUAUGGAGGACAUUUGGGCAUUGUGCAGAAGCUACUGGAUCGUGGCAUUGAUACCCGCGCGUACGGUGGUAGAGCACUCUGGGAAGCAGCAGGUGAAGGCCAUGAGGAGAUUGUACGACUUUUGCUUGGGAAGGGGGUAAAGGCUGACGUUCAUUACAACAGUCUGUCUGGCAGUGCACUCUGCAGGGCUAUACGCUACGGACAUAGGCCGAUCAUGCAGAUGCUUCUUGAUCAUGGAGCCGGAGUCACUGAAAGUGAGAUGAAGGAAGCGUUGUCAAAAGGCAACGAGGAGAUUGCGGAGAUGCUUCUUGAUCCGUACAUUUUCUGGCUCUUGGAUUAG